AGGCGGUCAUGUAUUUGUCGAACUCAUUUGUCUGACGUACGUUAUACCAGUAACUUUCUUUCUCACUCCCACAGGAAAAACAGACAGUCCCCCAGACGUAGAGAAUGUCGGAGAAGGGCGAUUUACUGUUGCAAUGCGAAGCGGCUUUAUCAAAUGCGCUGCUCCACUUCUCAGAAGACGCGGACUGUCUUGCACCGCUACCACCGCAGGAGCGACUGUUGGCUACUUUGAAGGCAUGCACAGAGGCGCUGUCAAACCUUACACCAGUACCCCGAGUCAGUGACAUUAUCGCAGGCUAUUGCGCUGAUUUACUGGAGUGCUGUGGCACGAACGACGGCGUGCUGCUGUGCGUCGUCACGCAGUUCCUUGCUGACAUGUCUUUACAAGAGGACAACGUCGACCUUUUUCUCCGCUUCGGUUUGCCGAGCGAAUACUUGCUGAUCUUACAACGGUGGCAAUCCUUGACGACGAACACUUUGAACUGUGUGUUUGACUUUGUCAGCACCAUUUGCACAAGCAGCGCCGCCAGUCGGCAGUCGCUUCGACCGUGCAUCCCGUACGUGCUCGCCGCCAUGCACCACAACCUCUACGCGAUUGAGGUUCUCUUUGGCGCUGCUGUCACCCUGAGCACGCUGACCACACUCGACAACGAUAACUGCAAGUUGGUCGCGCAGCGAGGCGGUGUCCAGAUCCUCAUUUCUGCCUUCUACCACGCCUACCGGACCCAAUCCACUGUGGUGCAGGUGGAGCAAAAAAAGUCGUUGCAGAGCAGCUGCGCUCUGAUAGCCCGUGCGCAGACACACCGUCUAGGGGAGAAGGAGCAGCUGUGCCAGGAUGUGCAGAAGUGGUGCCGUGAUGUGCUGCUCAAAGUUUGCCGAUCGCGGUGCGAAGACACCACUGCGGCGCUGCAGCAAGCGGACUUCGGCGCUUAUGGCCACUGUCUAGCCUUGGACGAGUUGAAAUGGACUCUGAUGCUGGAUGUGUCAGGAAUAGAGAAGAGACCAGUGAAGAGUUGA